AUGCAAUAGAUCGACAUUGGAAAAGAAUUUGCUGUAUUACAAAAAUGUUAAAUAUUAGGAAUUCAUCACAAAGGAGUUUGAUAAAAAAUAUAAUCCAACUUGGCAUAGUGCUUUUGGUAGAAACUUUGAUUCAUACGUCACACAUGAAAAUCAGAAUUUUAUUUAUUUCUAUGUCGAUAUGCUGCCAUAUUCCUCUUUAAAAGUGGAUGAAAAAUAUAUAUUCAUAUCUAUCUAAAUCCGUGAAUUUAUUAUCUAAACUUUGUUCACCAUCUUCAAUGUGAAGUCAAAUGAGAAUAAAAAAUAAAUGAGAUUGCUUAAUUCUUUUUUUUAAGGCUCUAACCUUGAUUAUUAAUUUUUGGAUUCAUUAAAUUAUAGUAGAAUGGGAAAUGAAUAAGUUUGA